GUACGAUAGUGACCUGAGCGUCCAUCUUAGGCUCACCGUCUUCAUCUCCAUAACUAUAUUUACGCCGUCUGCGUUUUUCAUCUCGGCUUUGCGGGUUUUUGAAGCUCAAAUUCACAAGGUAAAUCAAAUUGGAGGAGAAAUAUUCUCUUCGAGGAUACUCGACUAUUCGUCAAUGGCUGCCAUUUUAGCUCGGAAAUCUCUCCAAGCACUUCGCUCUCGACAGCUGGCUGGAGCAGGACAGGUUCUGCAGGGUUCAAAUUAUUAUGGUCUGCAAAUUAGUUCACAUUCAUUCUCCACAAAGCUAGAGGAUGAGGAAAGAGAGAAACUUGUGAAGGAGAUGUCAAAGGAUUGGAGCUCUAUUUUUGAGCGGAGCAUAAAUACACUAUUUCUUACUGAAAUGGUUCGGGGUCUGUCACUCACACUCAUGUACUUCUUUGAGAAAAAUGUAACGAUCAAUUAUCCAUUUGAAAAGGGUCCUUUGAGCCCUCGAUUUCGUGGGGAACAUGCCCUUCGACGUUAUCCAACUGGAGAGGAGCGUUGCAUUGCAUGUAAACUAUGUGAAGCGAUUUGUCCAGCACAAGCCAUCACCAUUGAGGCUGAGGAACGAGAAGAUGGCAGCCGUAGGACUACCAGGUAUGACAUUGACAUGACAAAAUGCAUUUACUGUGGAUUCUGCCAAGAGGCAUGCCCUGUUGAUGCCAUCGUUGAAGGACCUAACUUCGAAUUUGCAACGGAAACUCAUGAGGAACUUUUGUACGACAAGGAGAAGCUGCUUGAGAAUGGGGACAGAUGGGAAACUGAGAUUGCAGAGAACCUUAGAUGUGAAAGCUUGUACCGUUGAUCAAUCUAUUAACCGAUGACCCUAUCUGUGCCUACUUGCAGAUUCAUGAGAAUUCUCCAGUUUGAAAAUAAAGAAGGGAUCUCAUGAGGUUUUGAUGGUGUUUUUACAUUUUGUUUCGAUGUCCGGAGCUUCAUAAACAUGCUUUUAUAAGUUCUUUUUGCGUUUGGUACCUCACGUUUAAUGUUGUUGAUUAUCACCUAAAUAGAGGAAGAAAUAGGCAAUCUCAAAUGGUGAGAAAGGUCUACUCUUAUUAAAUCUGUUUCUCAGCUCAGCUCUGUUCCAACUUAUGUGAUGUCCUAUAUUUAAUUUCCCAAAAAUAAUUUGUUCCCAA